GCUCCAAUUUUUCACUUUCCCCACUCCACCACACUCACACCACCACGUCUAUUUGCUCCAACAAAACACCCCAUGUUAACACCCGAUAACCUUCUGAUAUAACUUCCGUAUUACUUACCACUUGGGUACACAUCUAUCUUCUUCUAUAUGUACGAAUCAUAAACCAAUUAACAGACCUUGCAGACUUUCCUCCACGUCGAGCAAGAGCAAAAAAAAAAAAAAAAAAAAAAAAAAAAAAAAAAAAAAAAACCCCCUUCGAAAGUCCGCGUAUCAUCCCUCUCGAUAGACCCUUGGACCUUGAACAGAGGUUUACAUACCUGGCCAAUACUUCAAUACUUUGAGCAUAUAUGUAUAACGAAAUCAUACCUCGACACCGCCCUGCAUAAUUGAAAGCAGAUAGCGGGCGGCUAAACCCAGGCGCAUCCUGUUGGAGAUCAACCACCUUGACCGAAGUACGCUCAGCGGUUUGAGCUCUGAGGUGAAAUCGGUGCCAGUAUUGAUCCUGAGCGAGUGGAAGAGGGAAGCGAAAACCACAAAAAUGCCGUACCUAUCCACUUCACAGGAAUAUCUAGAGCAGUCAGCGCUCCUGCUCCAGGCUUAUCCAGACACGACCCGAAUAACAACAAAAUACUCAUACCCUCGCCCCAAAAAAUCAUCAUCCCAACCCACCUCCACGAAACCAAAACCCGCCCCUACAGGUACCUCGACACCAUCCACACAGACUCAAUCACAAUCACAGACACAAACACAAACACCAACCCCCGCAACCAUAACCCUCAAAACCUUCCAUCCAACCAGCGGCAUCUGCCUCAAAUACCGCACGAACAAAGCCGCGGAAGUCGGCCGGCUGAUUGCUGGCCUGGGCAAAUUGGCGAGCGGCGCGCCGGUUGUUGAGCCAAUAGCAGCAGAUACCGGUAUGGCUGGGGAUACGGAGAUGACAGAUGCUGCGACUGCGCCUGCGUCUGCGACUGCGACUACAUCGGGACCCGGUGCUGGUGCUGGUGGAAAGGGUUCUAGCAGUGGUGGUGGUGGGGGGAAAUCGAAGAAGAAAGGGAAGGGGAAGAAGUAGGCUAUUUUGAUAUUAUUUAUUUAUUGCCCCUCCCCCUUUCAUUUUCAGGUACAUAAUUAUGGGAUUUUCUAUUGAGAGAGAUCAUGAGACUCGAAACAUGGGACCGGGUACAAUAGAUGGCUACUUCAAGAGCAUUUUUCUCCCUCGUUUAUUGUUUAUAGAAAAUAUCUGACAUAAAUUAUCCGCGCUGUGGUUGGUUAAAUUGAUUCAUACAUACAUGACAGAGUCAAGAGCCAUGAUUCCGGUGGCCUCAUCCUUGUGUUCCACCCCAAGCCAUAUUUGCACCUGUAUAACUCGGAUGGGCGGAAGGCUUUUUCAUCAGUGACGUUAUAUAUUUGGCUGCUAAAAACUAGAUUAUGCAAAAGAGCAGACAGAAAUUUCUCAUCUCCGCCUGCCCUUUGCUUUUCUUGUUUCUGGGACACAUUUUGAAAUUGAGGAUAAACAUAAUGCAAGAUACAACAUAAGACGGGCAAGGACAGGAGUAAAAAUAUAAAUAAAUAGUAGGAGACGCCGUAACCCAAUACGUAAGAAUUUGUCAUGAGACCCAGCCGGUAAAACGAUGAGGACGAAGGAAAAAGGAACAUCAAAUGCAGUCAUGGAGCCAAUAUUACGAGGUGAGAGGGGAAAAAAAGAUAACAGAAAAACACAUAAGCGAGUACAAUGCACCAAAAAGAGCCACACAUAGAAGUACAGGUUAUCCGAGGCAGAAACCACUAGAGGGUAUCUGAAGUGUAGAAAUAUACACUGUGACUGGGGGUAUGAAGUCCGAAACAAGAAAGUAGAAUGGGGGGUAUAUGCGUCACAGACGUCAAAUACAAGAUGGAGAGGAGUCUAUCCAUCCCAAGAAAGCAAUGACACGAAACAGUUUAGAAGUCUUCGUCGAAG